GCUCCACGCAGACUCAGGAAAUAAGUCGACUGCCUGCAUGAAUCCUUCUUCACUGCUGCAGAUUUAAUCAGCGAUUACUGCAAAGUCUCCAACUCGCUUUCUGCCAAUGUCUCCGGGAUGUGGUGGAGCAUCCGGAGCUAAAGUGAUCCAUGAUCCCGUGCAGGGACUCGCUCUCCUCCGGGGCUGAAGAAGGGCCAGCUGGUCGGGUCAGGCUCGGCUGUUGGCGGACUAAAUGAAACGGGAUAUUGUGAGGGACCAUCCUGCUUAUCUCACCGCCUUGGAUCAAACACGAUGUGCAGACAGAUCGUGGAUCAAGCCGACCCCUUCACCAUCACCGCAAGUUCCCCAACGAUGGCUGGCUUCAGGUUACUGACUUCUACAUGUCCCGCCUCCCUUUAGGUGUGAGAGAGAGAGAGAGAGAGAGAGAGAGAGAGAGAGAGAGAGAGAGACACAAAUACACUGACCUCCACCUGGGGCCACAGACAUGGAUAAACUCACCGUGAUAUCAGGAUGCCUCUUCCUCGCUGCAGACAUCUUUGCCAUCGCCAGCAUCGUUAACCCGGACUGGAUCAGCACUGGAGAGUCAGCUGGCUCUCUGACGGUGGGUCUGGUCCGGCAGUGCCAGACCAUCCACGGCCGAGACCGGACCUGCAUCCCCCCGGAGCUGCCCCCAGAGUGGAUCAUCACGCUCUUCUUCAUCAUCCUGGGCAUCAUCUCCCUCACCGUCACCUGCGGUCUGCUGGUGAUGUCACAGUGGCGCCGCGAGGCUGCCCGAUACGCCCGGUGGAUCGCCUUCACGGGGAUGGUCCUGUUCUGCAUGGCUGCUCUCAUAUUCCCCAUCGGCUUCUACAUCAAAGAGGUUGGAGGACAGCCAUAUAAGCUCCCCAACAACACGGUGGUGGGCUCCUCCUACGUACUCUUCGUUCUGUCCAUAUUCUUCACCAUUGUCGGACUGCUGUUUGCCGGGAAGGUGUGCCUGCCCGGCUGACUUCCUCCUCUUUUUGUAUCUUUGGAGGAACACCACAACUGGAGGCGAGUUUUGUUAGCAUCGACUCUUCCGUGGCAGCGUUGGAAGUAUUGUUGGAAGUAGAACUAAACCGAGCAGCACCCGUGUAUGUUUUCCCCUUUGGAUGAAUUGUCAUGCGAGCCGAAAUCAUCUGAGACUGAGCAGAGAGCUCUGAAACUGGAUUCAAACAUCCGGACUUUCAAGGGGAGCCCUGUGGUAUUUUCCGUCAUCUUAAGAUCUAAUGACAGAUUAGAUGCACAUAGACUGAUGUGUCAGGCCCGAUAGCGGCCAGUUACCUCGACUAUGAUGGAGGCUCUUCCUGACCACAGCCACAUGGAACAAUAUGUGAUAUACACAACGGACUUCUACUUUCUAGGCACAGUUUAUUUAUUUGUUAAAUUGUUCAGUUAUGUCUUUUUGUAAAGGCAAAUCUCAUGAAAAGGCCCAAAGUAUCCCAGUGUUUCCCCCGCCGUUAAUAUGCGUGGUGGAUCACUUUGCCUUAAAAGACUGAUACUGUUGAGUUAGUUUGGAUCAACUCUAAAAUUCUGUAUCGAUGAAAUGAUUUAGCAUAAAGAUAUUAGAACUGGAACCUAACAUGGGCAUUAUGGGAGUGAGUAUUGUAAAGUUGUAUCCGUGGAUGUGUUGCAGGACGAUGAGCCGGUCUCUACCUUCAACAGUAUGGAUCAGAGGUGAGCAGGUCAAACCUGUUCUGGUGUCCGUUACAGCUUUGUUACUUUUAGUGACAAUGAAUGAAUCCUCCACGGUUUUGAGCAUUUCCUGUUGUUUGAACACUGUAUCAAGAAAUGACUGAAUCCAUGACUAGUUUGUUUUUUUUAUUUUCGAGACGCCGGCGCUGACUUCAGUUCUGUAUCAAUGAGCAGACAGCCAGUCUGUGGCAUGUUCUAGAAACACUGAUGUUCUUGAAGGAGGCAUGGAAGAUCUCAUCUCAUUAAAAAUGACUCAUUGGAACACCGAUUGUCUCAUCCAUUGAAGAA